CCCGGGUCCGCCGCUGCCCGCGGGCGGGGGCGCCCGGGCGGCCGGGGCGAUGCGCGGUCCCUGGCCCCGAAAGACGGCCUCCCUCAGGGGGCCAUCUCGUCGCCGGAGCGACCUCAGGGAUGCUCCCGUGGUUUGGGGCGAGGGGUCGCUCCAGGACAGCGAGGCUGUCGUGACCAUCCCGUCUAUUGUGACCUCUGACAGCAGUCGGGAUGGAGGUGAGAAGACGGCCGUGACGCGCACCGUGCGGCCCCCUGCAUCCCCAGCAGUCCACAGCGCUCCCUGCCCCCCUCCCCCGCGGCGGCCGGCCUUGCCGUCCAGUGACAGCGGCCUGGGGGGGCAGGGGGGGUCGGGGCGUCGGGACCAGCGAUGCCGGCGGGCAUGACGAAGCAUGGCUCCCACUCCACCAGCUCGCUGCCGCCCGAGCCCAUGGAGAUUGUGCGCAGCAAGGCGUGCUCGAGGCGCGUCCGUCUCAACGUCGGGGGACUGGCACAUGAAGUGCUCUGGCGCACGCUGGACCGCCUGCCCCGCACGCGGCUGGGCAAGCUCCGGGACUGCAACACGCAUGACUCGCUGCUCGAUGUGUGCGACGACUACAGCCUUGACGACAACGAGUACUUCUUUGACCGCCAUCCUGGAGCCUUCACCUCUAUCCUCAACUUCUACCGCACUGGGCGGCUGCACAUGAUGGAGGAGAUGUGCGCGCUUAGCUUCAGCCAAGAGCUUGACUACUGGGGCAUCGACGAAAUCUACCUGGAGUCCUGCUGCCAGGCCCGCUACCACCAGAAGAAGGAACAGAUGAACGAGGAGCUCAAGCGUGAGGCCGAGACCCUACGGGAGCGGGAGGGCGAGGAGUUCGAUAACACUUGCUGCGCAGAGAAGAGGAAAAAGCUCUGGGACCUGUUGGAGAAGCCCAAUUCCUCCGUGGCUGCCAAGAUCCUUGCCAUAAUUUCCAUCAUGUUCAUCGUUCUUUCUACUAUUGCCCUGUCACUCAACACGCUGCCUGAGCUGCAGAGCCUUGAUGAGUUUGGCCAGACCACAGACAACCCACAGCUGGCCCACGUGGAGGCUGUGUGCAUUGCAUGGUUCACAAUGGAGUACCUGCUGCGGUUCCUCUCCUCACCCAAGAAGUGGAAGUUCUUCAAGGGCCCACUCAAUGCCAUUGACUUGUUGGCCAUCUUGCCAUACUAUGUCACCAUCUUCCUCACCGAAUCCAAUAAGAGCGUGCUGCAGUUCCAGAAUGUCCGCCGUGUGGUCCAGAUCUUCCGCAUCAUGCGUAUUCUCCGCAUCCUUAAGCUUGCACGCCACUCUACUGGCCUCCAGUCUUUGGGUUUCACACUGAGGAGGAGCUACAACGAGCUGGGCUUGCUCAUCCUCUUCCUCGCCAUGGGUAUCAUGAUCUUCUCGAGCCUUGUCUUCUUUGCGGAGAAGGAUGAGGAUGACACCAAGUUCAAAAGCAUCCCAGCCUCUUUCUGGUGGGCCACAAUCACCAUGACAACCGUUGGGUAUGGAGAUAUCUACCCCAAGACUCUCCUGGGGAAAAUUGUUGGGGGGCUCUGCUGCAUCGCAGGAGUCCUGGUGAUUGCUCUUCCCAUCCCCAUCAUCGUUAAUAACUUCUCUGAGUUCUACAAGGAGCAGAAGAGGCAGGAGAAAGCAAUCAAGCGGAGGGAGGCUCUGGAGAGAGCCAAGAGGAAUGGCAGCAUUGUUUCUAUGAACAUGAAGGAUGCUUUUGCCAGGAGCAUUGAGAUGAUGGACAUUGCAGUUGAGAAAAAUGGAGAAAAUAUGGGUAAGAAGGACAAAGUUCAAGAUAAUCAUUUGUCUCCCAACAAAUGGAAAUGGACAAAAAGGACACUUUCUGAAACCAGCUCAAGUAAGUCCUUUGAAACCAAGGAGCAGGGAUCCCCUGAGAAGGCCAGAGCAUCUUCUAGUCCUCAGCACCUGAACGUCCAGCAGUUGGAAGACAUGUACAAUAAGAUGGCCAAGACUCAAUCUCAACCCAUCCUCAAUACCAAGGAGUCAAUAACACAGAGCGAACCAAAGGAAGAACUUGAAAUGGACAGUAUCCCCAGCCCUGUAGCCCCGCUGCCUACUCGUACAGAAGGGGUCAUCGACAUGCGAAGCAUGUCAAGCAUUGAUAGCUUCAUUAGCUGUGCCACAGACUUCCCUGAAGCUACCAGAUUCUCCCACAGCCCUUUGGCAUCACUCCCUAGCAAGCCUGGGGUCAGCAUGGCCCCAGAGAUAGGGUGGCGGGGAGCUCUCAGUGCCAGUGGUGGUAGGUUUGUGGAGGCCAACCCCACCCCUGAUGCCAGCCAUCACUCUACAUUUUUCAUUGAGAGCCCCAAGAGCUCCAUGAAGACCAACAACCCCUUGAAGCUCCGAGCACUUAAAGUCAAUUUCAUGGAGGGCGACCCCAGUCCACUAGUCCCCAUCCCGGGGAUGUACCAUGACCCGCUUAGGAACCGGGGGGGUGCUGCAGCCGCAGUUGCUGGACUGGAGUGUGCCACACUCUUGGACAGGCCUGUGCUGAGUCCAGAGUCCUCCAUCUACACCACGGCAAGUGCUAGGACACCCCCCCAGUCACCCGAGAAACAUACAGCAAUAGCAUUCAACUUUGAAGCAGGCAUCCACCAGUACAUUGACGCAGACACAGAUGAUGAGGGGCAGGUGCUCUACAGUGUGGACUCCAGCCCUCCCAAGAGCCUCCAUGUAAGCACCAGUCCCAAGUUUAGCAUUGGGACAAGAUCAGAGAAGAACCACUUUGAAAGCUCCCCCUUACCCACCUCCCCUAAGUUCUUAAGGCAGAACUGUAUUUACUCUACAGAAGCAUUGACUGGAAGAGGCCCCAGUAGUCAAGAAAAGUGCAGACUUGAGAACCACAUCUCCCCUGACGUCCGCAUGUUGCCGGGGGGAGGAGCCCAUGGAAGCACACGGGAUCAGAGCAUCUGAACCACCCCAUGCAGAGGAGUCACUUGUGGCAAGGUCCAAAGAGGAGUGCCGUUCAGCUUACCUGCCACAGGGCUUUCUUGCACCAACUCUGGAACAGAAUGGCUCUACAAAGCCCUCAGAAAGAAGGGACUCCAGAGAAGACUCCCUAAGACCCUGAGAGCCAUGACAGGACCACCAGAACGAAGUUGGCCAAGCCAUAAGAUAUGACGUCUCCCUGGAACAACUCCACCACCCUCUUUGGGAGAUGACGUGAGCAGAACUCACAGCCACCACUACCACAUUCUAGACAUAAUCAAGCCACCUACUCCCUGUUCUUCUCUGGUGGCUCUCCAUUGUAGCCUCUGAGGCCAACAUCUCCAUCCCUCCUGGCUUCAGCUGGAGAAAAAUGCUGCAACAAGUGGCUGGAUUGACCAAUUUGGUUUUGGAUGUUGCCUGGCCACCUCUAGGAACCCCUGUCCAUACCUCCUGGAUGGAUCCCACUGUUAGAAGGCUACAGGAAAUGCUUGUGUCAUGGGGAAAUCUCUGCGCCAUAAGCCACAAUCCCAGGGUAAAAACCCUUACUCAACUGUCUUCAUUGACUUCAGUAUUCUGUAGUACCUGAGCUUUUAUUUUGUGGUAUCAUCAGGGUGAGUUGCACCACUUGUACUCAAUUCUAAUUGCCCCCUGGCAAUAUGGGAAGGGUUCAGAAGGCGGGCACUUGGCCAAUAAUAUGAACUCUGAGCAUUGCUUUAGGGUUAUAGAAGGAAAACGCUUUCUGUACAUCACCAUGUAGUCUCAAAAGAUAUGCAAGUGUCAAAUAUGCAAAAGGAAUAGCUUAUUCAAAGAGACUGUGUUACCGAAGAACAGAAUAAAAUCUGAUUUUUUUUUACCUACGAAAACGAAAUGAAAAAAAAUCCUCAGUUGAAAUGCCCAGUUCAGACUUCUGAAUACUUCCUGCUGUGGCAGGGAAAGCACCUACUAUAAUAGAAAUUCUUUUUUGUUGCCUAUGGUAUUCAAGGUUUUUUAAAAAGCUAAAAUUAAAAAGCACUUUAUGUUUUUUCAAAAAUAGGUUCUACCAGGGACAGUGUCAACAUCUUGCACUUUAAAACAAGCACGAUUUCCCAUGGGCCGCUCUUUGGAACUACAGUCGGGCUGUGGCCACAUGCCUGUGUCUGGCCACGGUGGUUGAUACUGUGCUGGUACUGCAGUCUGCCAUGUCAAGUCUGUGCGCUCCUUCCCAGCCCCUCUGAAUCUUCCCCUUACCCCUUGCAAGGAAGGGUUCUCAGCCCUUGAGUGGGGCCUGUCGUAAAGUCCACAUUUAUAGGAAACAUGCACAUCUCAGAGGAAUGCGGUAGACAGUUGGGUGUCGGGUGUUUUACUCUGUUCUCUUUCUUGCCAACCAGCUGUUGGUGUGUUUUCAGUGUCACUGUCUGUACUAAAAGCUCAGCUCUCCUUCCUGCAGCCAUCAAUGCAGCCAGUACAGACAAAAGCAAUAAGUAUUUUUGUGCAUUGUGAGUGGUUCUGGUGUAUUUCUUACUGUUGGUCUUCCUGUCCUAGUUUGAUGACCUGCCUUUGGCCUCCUUGAUUUUAGUUCAACAGUGUGGUGUUGGCCAUUCCUCAGUUCCGUAUCCUUGGGUUGAGCCACUGGUUAGCAUGAUGCCAUGCUGUUGGCCCAUCUUUCAGUAAUGACAUGGUAUUGAUCUGCCUAUCUUUGGUAUGAUGGGCUGACAUAGUUCUCUAAGUACAAUGUUGAUGGAUGAUGUCCCACGUACAGUAGCGUAGAUCUGCCAGUCCUCAAUAUGGUAAUAGGCAAAUAUGUCUUCCUGAUGGAACAUGGUGUGAUUCACCUGUCCUUCAUACAAUACGUUAACUGGUCUGCCUGUUGGUACAGUGGCACCAUCCACCUGUCACUAAGCAAAUACCACGGAGUUGUUUUGUCUGCCGUCUGUACAGCGGCAUGAAGUUGGGCCACCUGUCACAGAUAUGAUGACAUGGGGUCAUUCCACCGCUCUUGAAAUUGCGUGUUCUUUGCUGAAUAUGCACCCCAUUCAUAGUGCUUCUCAGCAUCUCCGAGGACUGUGGACCCUUUGAAGAGGGUACAGUACAGUCCUGUUCUUUGCUGCGUUAACAAAGAAAAUGAGUGCUGAAGUAUCUUGACACCUCUGAGGUAUCUUCAGAGUCCUCUCGCAGCGAAUGCAGAGGGACUGAAGGGACAGGGGGAGCGUGAGGUCAUGCUGCUGGUGGCCACCAGAGAGAGGAAGCAGCAGAGCUCCUAGGGCACUUGGCCGAGUGCGCCGUGCGGACCAGGCGCCCGUGAGCGAUGGCCGCGGACAGUCUUCCCGGGCCGUCUCAAGUGUCUCUUCUUUGUUUUCAUCGCCAUUUAUGUCCACCAUCAGCACAAAUGUGAAAAUUCAGGGAAAACAAAUGCUUUUUGAUAAAAGUAAAUUGUUGUGAUUUCCGAUUCAGAUAUUUUUAGAGCUGAUGCUAUCUGUAAAAACUAAUAAUAAUAAUAAUAUAGUCUAUUUUACAUAUCAGGAAAGUGAACGUGUUUAAAUAUAGCCAUAUUUAGUGAGAAGGAACUUACCACCCCUUCUUCAAAUCAAGGCAUUUCAUUUGUUGGUUGAAGCAGAUGAGAAGUGUACAGAUUGGAAAUGAUUUCAUUCUUUCUUUUUUCUAAACUAAUAACCAAUUGGUGCAACUCUCCUUGUAACCAAAGGCCCUUUCUGCCUUGUGUGGUCAUGCAGGACCUGGCCCUUCCUCUCUCGUGUAAUUUGUCUGACUAACUUAAAGUAGCAUUUUAUUGAGUCACUUUUGAAGGACGAAUUCAGAAGUAUCAUAAGAACCUACCUUUUCGGGCUGAAUAGCCAGAGUCCUAUAGAGUUCUUAUAGAAACAGAAUAAUUGAAACUCAGCAUAUACUAUGCUUAGAAAGUAUUGCAUUUUCUUUGUUUGUUUUUCUUUUACUUGUGUAUGUAUUGUGGGAAAAUUUUACCCUGUGCCCGAUUCAAAGUAAGAGCAUUGUUAGUUUGGGCCCCCACCUGCCAAAAAGGGACAUACCCAGGUUGUUAAUAUGUGUACCCCUUCCUGCACCUGGGUCGUGCACUGGGAUAUCUGCCUGAGGGGCUCCACUGAGGAGCCAGCCUUGAUCGAUGGGUCUGGAUGGAGGAAAGGAAACAAUGGUUGAGAGGUAAAUAACUGCUUGGUGGUCUGAACCAACUAAAGUAGGGAAAAAACAAUCAACCCAAAGAAACACAGCUAGGGACCGGAGGUGGACGAACCUGGUCCCUUUGCUGAAUUCAGAAACAUCAAGAACUCAGAACUUGAGUUCCAACUUUCACUGUUGGGAAAGAGGGCUAGAGACCAGGUAGCUGUGUGUCCCCAUCAUAUGGGGGGAGAGUCUGCGACCAGCAGAGACAGGUGGGCAAGCUCUGGAGUAGUCAGCUUAUUCACCUUUUUAUCUUUGGGUAAAGAAAUAAAUACAGGACUUGGGUGCAGUAGAUUUCUCAGUGCCUUCUCGAGGAAUUCUAUCUUAAGCACACUUAAUGGGGAAAGAAAAACAAGAGAACCUUUGUUCCCAUGCAGCCCCUCUGUUUAAAAGCACUGGGAAUCAAGGAGGAAGGAGAUGGGGCAGAGCAGAAUCCUGAGGAGGCCAUUUCCUUUCGGCACACCCGGCUUGCCCCCUAAAAACUGCUGGUGAUACAAACCUCUUCAAACUGAUUCCCAGUCUGUCCGCCACCACGUCUUAGUAACUCUAGCCUCAUCCCAGCCCAUUCUCCUAGUAAGAUCCACGUUUCUAAGGAGAAAAAAACAAAAUAGUAUUCUCUUCUGCAAAACUGUAAUGUAUUGUUGAUGUUUGUAACUAUUGUGUAUUUCUGUCUUGCUCCAAGUCAUGGCUGGAAGGUCUAGUCCAAGGACAAGAGGAAACUUAAAAUUCACCACGGACAAGGGUCAUUAGAGCCAGCUCUCUCUUUCUCUCUCAUUUCCUUAUUUCUCUGCCAACUAGUCUCAAGUAACAUGACCCCAGGCUUCAACAUUGUCAAGAAACUUUGAAUCAAAUAAGAGCUUAGCCAAACGCCUCUAGGACAUGAUACUUUGGGGAAUGACUUUUCCUGGGGCUGCAAAGUUAGCAGGAGGAAGAAGACUUCUCCCCUGAGUGGCCCAGCAGGGCAUAGAGAGCCUCCAGCCCUGAGCUGAAGUUUCCUCACCUCUCACUGCUUAUAUGACAGCAUCCAAACGCUUUCACUCAGCCAAGGCGAACCAAACCUGCCCUGGCUAUACCCAGAAAAAAGAGUUACCUCUGCAUUUUCUGCUGCCAUUUUUCUGGCUCUAGAUGUAUCUGAUGCAUAACUAUAUCUAUAGGAUGUCUACAUAUCUCAGAGUCACCUACUUUUCUCUUCAAAUAAAAAGCAUGUGUGUGUAUAUAUGUGUGUGUGUGUGUGUGUGUACACAGACACACAUACACAUAUAUAUACGUAUUUUUAGCAAAUUUAAAAGAGGGCCAUUAAGUCUAAUUCCUUCUUUUGUAAUAUAGAAUAACAUCUUAGGUAGGAGUUUUAUUGUUGGUCAUUAUCAUAGCUGAUAUCUUCUGGUCUUUUUCAUUUCUUCCCAUUGCCCCUUAGGCUUUUUUUCUUUUCUCUUUUGAUUCUGACUUUCUGGGGUUGGGGAAAGAGACUUUGGGAUCUGACUUCUUUGUGCAGGCAGAGGCUGUUACUUGCUGCAUUCUGUCCGUGUGCUUCUCCUAUCCAGUGUCCUUGAGAAUCCAGGAAUGGAUGCAUGAGUGAGACCAGGGGAAGCAGGGCUACAGAUGGCCCUCAAAAUCAGGACAGAAUGUGGGCUGGUUCAGCUCAUUGCCCACAGAUCUGAUGGGACUGUUUUCUCAUCCCCAGCGAUCUUGGAACCAAAAAUCUCAUGCAAGGAAACUUCCCACUGACAUUUAUGAGGUCCAGAACACACUUACGCCCCUUUUGGUUGGCCUGUUGCCAUGUCUAGUGCCCCACUACCUGUAACAUGCACUGGAACUGAAGGAUGGACCAUCCUCAGGUUCCUGAGAACAUGCUAGGCCUCACAUCUCAUCAACUUUAUCAGUACCUCAUUUUGGUCCAUUUCCACAACCUCACCAAAAAGCAGUGGCCAUGCAAGCUUGCAGCCAAACCCUGUGAAGACCUGUCCCCAGGAUCUGUCAUCUCAUCCCCCCUUCCUCUUCCAGCUGCUGGGCCCCACAGAGCCAGAGAUUCAUGGCAAGGGUGGGCAGUGGUAUUUUUCCAACUUCCACCCAUUCAGGUGCCAAGGAGUUUCUGGACUGUCAUAAUUCAUUCUACCAGGCAGUUUCCAGCCUCAGGUAAGCAAAAGACAGCUCACAAAGCGUGAUCUUCAGCAGAAGUGAUUGUCCACCCAUCAGUUCAUGCAGGAAGAUAAAGAAAGGCCACAUGAUCUCCAGUUUAUAUUUAUGUGGGUUUUCAUAUCCCACCUGCCUCAUUGUCAGCUUCAGGACUCCCACCUCUGCCCAGAUCAGACAUCUAAGCCAAAUAAGGACUCCCAGAUGGCAGUGAACCACAGCCAUUGAAUAAACCCUAAGAGGAAACCAAUCUAAGUACAAAUGGGUGAUUCUGGACCAUGACCCCCAUCAGAGUUUUCCCACCCCCAAAAUUCCUGGUAAUCUGGUUUGAACUAGAACCAAAUAAAACAGACAAGAUUUUUCUAAAAUUUUGCACAAGAACAAAACAAAAAUUGUUUCCCAGUGGUUCGCUAGGCUAGAUGCCCAGAAGAGUGGACACUCUUGCCCCUGGCUGUUUUCAUCUAGAAACAGUUUGUAUAGUUAGUUUCCAUCCACUGCCUCAAUAUUGUCUUGACCUGUAAUUUCUCCUGAGCAUCCCCAAAUGCCAACGUGAAGAAAUUAAUUUGGAAUUCAGGGGUCCCUCAUCUUCCCCUCCCUGCAAAGAUCUUGAGAUCUAAAGGCUGCCCAGGAUGGGAUGGAAUAAGGCAGUUCACCUGAGGAGGAAGCCGUCUGCCUGCAGGGUGGCUGCGUGCAAGUCUCUGAACUUCCUCUGGCAGGAGAGAACAAGGAAAUUUCAACUCAAAUUAAGGAAGUGCUUCUAAUAAGUGGAGCUGCCUAACCAUGGAACUCGAUGCCAGGCUGGGUAAUGAGCACCCCACAGGUGUUCAAGAGAAGGAAGAUGAUGUACAAAAUGGAUGUUGUAGAGAGACCCUAGCAUUUCAGAGUAACUCGAUCAGGGAAAUCUGCCC